AACUCAAGCAUUGAAUGUUUUGUACUGAAUUCAUUCAAGGUUUUAUUAGUUGAUUUCUCACUUAGGUUAGUAGGCUCAGCUUGCUUUUAAUUUCACUGAGCCUCAGUUAUUCAAAACAAAAGGAGCCUGGGAUGAUGAUGAUGAUGUGUGUGUGAAUGAGGACUAAUCUCACACAGGCUUUGUACAUUCUUCACAUUGCAAACCCGUCAACAAAAGGAGGAAGAAGAUCUGAAGGGAAUGAGUGGGUUUUGUGGGUUUACGGGAUGGAGAAUUUCUCUACAUAAACAGGGAGGUUUGGACUGGAAAUCUGCUAAGAAAAACGUUACAGCUGACCACAAGGCAGUAAAUCCACAGACUGGAAGGAGGGAAAGGGAAACAGUGUGUGUGGCAGCGUUUGUGGAUUAGAUGGGAAACAAGUGCGGAGCGGGACCAUGCAGGGGGGCGGCUGGCGCGGUUUGCUCGGGGCUCAGAGUGGAUAGCACUCGCAAAGCGCGGGGACAGCGCGGAGCACGGAGCUAGGGCUCCGCGCGCCUCUGCCUGCCCUGCGCUCCGCCCUGAGCGCCCCGCGCGCGCUGCCUGCUGCACCCCUUCUCCGUGCGCUCCUGCCUGCGCUCGGUUCCCUGGGCGCCUGCAGCCCCGACACGUCGGCGGUGACUCAGCUUUCGCCGUGCUGGGACCACACAGCUUGGAGGCGGACAGGGACCCCAGGACCGCGCCAUCGCGUCAAAGCAGGAUGUUCUGGAAAAUUUCCAUGUCCUUGCUCCUCGUGGCUGCACUGGGGAAGCUGGAGGAAAUUCAGGGGGCCCGGCCGGCAGGAGCCAUCCCAUCGCCUCGCAAGGAUAGAGGCACCAACAACUCACAGAAUUGGCAGCACAUCAGGGAGGUGCUUUCCUCCAGCCAGGAGGCGCUGGUGGUGACAGAGCGCAGGUACCUGCGGAGGGACUGGUGCAAGACGCAGCGGCUGAGGCAGACAGUGCGCGAGGAAGGCUGCCACAGCCGCACGGUGCUCAACCACUUCUGCUAUGGCCAGUGCAACUCCUUCUACAUCCCGCGGCCGGGGGGCGAGGGCGAGGGCUCGGGCUCCUUCCAGUCCUGCGCCUUCUGCCGGCCCCAGCGCGCCGCGGCGCUGCUCGUGGAGCUCCAGUGCCCCAGCCGCGACCCGCCCGUCCGCCUGCGGAAGAUUCAGAAGGUGAAGCAGUGCCGGUGCAUGUCUGUGAACCUGGGCGCGGACGAGUCGUGAGCUCGGGCAGGAUUCACAGCGCGCCUGCGUCCCCGUCCAUCCCCGUCCCCACGCGCCCCGAGUCCCCCGUGGCAGGCAUGUGUCCCGUGCCCAAGGCGUCCUUGUCACAGCCCAGCAGCCUGCGGGGCCUUGCGGCUGUGCCCCUGACCCACCUGGGCGCUGCACCUCCGGAGCCAGGAUGUGAGGCGCUCAAGAAGGUGCUGGAAAACCCCCGCCGUCGGCAAGAACCUUCCGGGAGACGCAGUCGGUCCAGUGUCGCUGUUCCACAGAAUGAGGAAGCGGAUCUCUCCCUGGUCUGGCCCGAUGGAGUCAAGGGCACUUCUUCAAUCCUCUCCGGGGCUGCUCACUGGCCUCACUGAGAGCGUCCCCUCCGGUGAGCCCAGGCUUCCCUCUGAGGCUGGGGUGCACGUCUGGCCAAAAGCCCAUGGACAGGGAGGUCCUCCUGACAAACUCGAUACCAAGGAGAUGACUUGAGCCCCUUGGAUCAUGAAGCGGAACUCCCUGGGGACUUGUUCACAGCAGCCACCACCGCCUCCUUCUCCUUAGUCCCACUCAGUUUGUGGACUGAAGAUGAAUUUGGGUGUGCACGCUUUUACUGCUGCAGUUACAACAUUAUCACGCACAAAGGUCUCCAUGUGGACACUGGUUUUUAUAGUGACCUACAUCGUAAUAGGUUGUUAAAAAUAUUAUAGACCUACCCAUGUAUUGUUCCAAGUGUUUUGAUUCUGGCUUUCAGCUCCACUCUAAGGACUGGAGUAGGUGAUGAUCUGCCCAGAGGUGUUUUGCUCAGAAAUAAUGAUUCUUAGAUUUGGCGGGGGGAUGGGAGGAGUAAUGAUUUUACAUUGAAUAAUAAUUUUCACUGAAAGUACUAAAGCAUUACCGCACAACGUAGGAAUUGGGUUGGGAUGGAUGGGUGCAGGGAAGGGGAUUCACUGGGAAGCUCAAAAACCCUUUAAUUUUUAAUGUGCUGAUGUGGAGUGAGAAGGUAUACUGUUUCACUGCCAUGACACCAAGCAAAAAAAAAAUUCUUGUUAGAGAAGUAACUAAAAAUAUGAGGAGUUGGGUUACUUUGUGGUAUAGGAGGAAAUAUAAGGUAUCAUAUAUUCCACAUAUGAUAUAGAAAUCUGAAUUAUCAUACAGAAAACUAGUUUCUUUUUCAAGGGAUGGACUUUGAAAAGGAUGAGCAAACAUUUGGUCACCUCUCGUUUUUACAAUGAAUUGUUAAGGUUUUCGUGUAUAGUCUCUUGAUAUAAGGAAACUAACAUAAUUUGUUUUCCUGCAAAAUUAUGCUUCCUUUGAGUCCCUUCGCUAAAUUCUCCCACAAAGUCUUCCGUGGGAGUGAUGUUUAUGGAAUCUGUUCCAUGUGAAUGAGAUGCCAUUGGUGAGAAUCAGCAUAUUCUGAAAAACUUUCACUGGUAAUUCCCAGCACUGAGUGUCAAGUGCUGCUGCCAAAGGAACUCAGAAAGGCCCCCUUCCAGGUGUUUGAGUCCCUCUACCAGCUGCUCUGGGAACUGAGGCUCCCUGACAUGAGACAGUGACAUGUUCACCUGAAGAGCAAGCAUUUGGAGGGGAGGACAUGUUGGUAAAUUCAUUUCCUGCCCCUGCAAUGCAGGUUUCAUUUCUGUCACUCCUAUAACUCCAGGAGACCUGAACAGAACAUGCUGCUGUAAAGGGGGUCUUGGCUUCAGAAAUGGUAUAGACAGCCCUAAAUCAGGAGGUGGAAACCAACAGAAAUCCUUGAGAGCUGGUACCCUGGGCUGGAGAGAGUGGAGAGGGUGUCAAAAUUCAGACUGAACUUUUUUUACAGUUAGUGGAAAACCUCAAGUCAGACUCAGUGGCAAAACAUGCGGCAGAAAAGCUGAGAUGGAUAGGGGGGCCACGUGAUUGUGAUGGAGGCCAGUGGAAGAGGGUGAGAGGAGAGUGAGAGGAAUCUCCAGCUGACUACAGAGCCAACCCUUGUCAUUUUAUUAACACAGAAGCCAAGCAGAAGUAAGCUGUGAACUUACAGAAUGCAAGCAUGAGCACACUCUCUUUGAACCCAGCUGUGGGUACAGCAAUGGGAGCAAUGAUACGCUGCAGGUGAUGUGAGGCUCCUUCCAGGGUUCUUGUAUAUACAAAGUUUACCCUAUAUGGGCUCAAAUUGUAUUUAAGUGUAUUUGUUGUUGUUUAUAAAUGAAAAAAAAAGCUAUAAGAAUAAUGUAAUUAUUUUAUAGGGAUACUAUUAAAUUAUAGAAAAAAUAAAGAUACUCUAGGAUUAUACACGAUCCUGGUGUGAUAUGCCAUAAAAAUGGAAUUCUGAACUUAUUGCAGUGGGCAUUGAAGGAGCACUGUGCAUUUAGGGUGCUUUCGCCCAGCCAUGAUGAGUUCAACCCCCAGCCUAUGUCAUACAAUCUCCUUUGGGGUUUGGCAUCUUCAAAGAGAAUCUGAAUCAGGCAUCCAAGGAGCAGAGGUGGUGGGGAUGGCUCUCAAUGCUGGUCUUGGGGAGUUUCCAAGUCUGUUAGAGAUCCCUCAGUAGCUGAAGACAGGAUUCUUAACCUAUUCUCACUGUGCUAUCUGAAUAACAAACGCUGAAUGAAGAAGUCUUGAGAAACUGCUGCGAAAAGACAUCUGUUAUAAACCUCAUCUUCCAUUUAGCAGCCAGUGCAUCACACUUGUCUCUUCAACAAGCCAGAACUUGUCCUGGGUUUUGUCCAUUUUCACAUUCACUUGUCCACUUUUACAUUCACAUUUCACAAGUUUCAACAUUUAAAUGCUUCUUAGUUUCACGGUGUCUCCAUUUUUUUAAUUGACUUAUCUGCCAUUCAAGAAUCACACUUAACAAUAAAAAAUAAAUUCUUUAAUAAAAUUUCAUGUGGUUGAUUGGCUGUAUGGAUUUCAAAGGAAUUCAGUUUAACUUCAUAAUAAACAAUUAAUCUUAGUUUGUUAAGUGGGACAGUAUACUCCACUCAAAUGGAAUAAGAUGUUCCAAUUCACUUGUUUCUGAAGUUGGCUCAUUGGUUUUUAAGCUAUAAAGUCAAAGAAAAUUAAUUUUUGCUGUUGAGUGAACAAUUGGAAUGUUUGUAUUUCUAGAAAGCUUACUUGAUGAUUGACCCAUCACCGCUGGUUAUUAAUGUCUGCAUGGGAGGUAACCAGUUAGACCAAAUCAUAAAUAAUACAAUUAAAACCCGCUGAGCAUCA